AUGAAAAGAGAUGGAAAUGAUCAUCAAGGAAAGAAUGAAUGCUACUUUAGAACUCUACUGUCAGAAGAGAUAGCCAGCCUGGAACAUAAAGGUUCUGUCGAUCAUUUAAUUGUGCAAAGUGAAGCAUCAUUGCUCCCGCGGUAUGCACGCGUGAAUCCUUUGAAAGAGCAACUACCUUAUGUUUUGGAUUUACUAAAAGAUCAAGGCUGGACAGUGCGUCGUUUGAAAAAGAUGAUUCCCCCAUUAAAGUACCGUAAACUUGUUGCUAAACUCGAGCCAUUAAAAUGCUACAUUGAUCCACAUAUUGACAAUCUUUUGAUUUUUCCCCGUGGGACCGAUCUGCACGACCAUAUUUUGGUGAAGCAAGGAGUUUUAAUCCUUCAAGACAAAGCAAGUUGUUUCCCUGCUUUUUUGUUAUCUCCACAACCAGGUUCUUUUGUAAUGGAUGUUUGUGCAGCACCCGGAAUGAAGACUACGCAUUUGGCAGCUUUAAUGAAAAAUAACGGCAAAAUUUUUGCAUUUGAUCGAAACGCUGAAAGACUUAAUUUAUUACGAAAAAUGUCUAAAAAUGCAAAUGCACGUAUUAUUCAAGCACAAUGUAUUGAUUUUUUACAAGUUGAUGUGGAAUAUGCACUCGUUGAUCCACCAUGUUCAGGUUCAGGAAUGGUAAAACGUGGUGAAUUUUUUGAUGAAUUUGAACAACCAGAUACUGAACGAAUUAAAUCUUUAGCUAAUCUACAGGCAAUGAUUUUAAAACAUGCACUUCGUUUACCUUCGCUACGUCGACUAGUUUACUCAACUUGUUCAAUUAAUUGGGCUGAAAAUGAAGGUGUUAUUUUUGAGGUUUUAGAGGAUGUUGAGAUUAGUGACCAGUUUAUUUUGGUAAAUGCAUUUAAUCAAUGGAAGCACAGAGGAGAAUUGAAUAAGACCUUCAAUAAUAAAAAUUUUAGUAAAGAAGCGGCAGAAGAAAUAGUUUCGAAAUGUAUGCGAGCUUCUCCAAAAAUUGAUUUUACUAACGGAUUUUUUAUUGCUAUUUUUGAAAGAAGAAAUAAAAAUUUAUAA